CGCCGCCGCCCGCGCUGCACUACAGGCCAGAGACAGACAGGGCCGGGAAGAGCCGGAGACUGAGGAGGAGGUGGAGGCGGCGGCGGCGGAGGCGGGGCGACUCCGGUGACCGGGAGCGCCGCAGACUGGCAGCUGCGGCGACUCCCCCCUUUGUGUCUGGUCUGCUCGGAACCACUGGAAGUGCUUCCCGGAGGAGUGCGGGGUGUCUCGCCGCCUCGCUGCCCACCCCCUUCCCAAGCCAGCCACCUACCAACGCCCUCCCGCCGCCCCCCGCCCUCGGCCCGCGACGCCCGAGCUCCGCCGGGAGCCCAGAGCUGCGGGAGAACGAGGCGGCGGCGGCGGCGGCGGCGGCUUCUUCAGGGGGGCUGUGAUUCGCUCAUAGAAGCCAUUGACGGGAGAAGACGAGGCUUUUCUUCGUGGAAUUUACCUCAGGCAAGAUCGAACGGCUUCAAUAAAAAAGAGGAGCGAAUCCAGGAGAGCUGGAAAGGGCAGCUCCCCGCACCUCCCCUCCGCCCGCCGUCUCGGGGAGCUCCGGGCCCUGCCUGCUGACCCCACCCCUCCCCCCCGCUCCCUACUGCCCCUCAGCCCUCCCGCCGGGCCCUGGCAGACCCUCGCAGGAUUGUUCGGCGAAGCCUUUGGGUUUGUCCAUAGAGGCAGGCACCUUUUUCGAUCCAGUGGAGGAACAGGGUUUGUUGUUCGUGAAAUCCGAGUGAAGGAAGCACCGAAGCGAAACUUAAAAAGGAAUCCUGCCCUCCCGGAGCCACUGGCGAUGCGACUCGUGCCGCCGGGUGCCGCCGCCGCCGCCUCCCGCCGGGCUUCUCCCUUCCAGGCUGUCGGGAACUUGUUCUGAUCCUCAGCCCCCACCAUCGAAUCUCCGGUCUCCAUCUCCCCGCACCCUGGAUAUGUUUUCUCCCAGACCUGGAUAUUUUUUUGACAUUGUGAAACUACGAGGGAAAUAACUGUGGGGCUUCUUUCUGUCUCCCUGCUUCUCCACACGGACAUGCCUUCAGUUUGGGUGGCCGAGACACCCGGUCCUAGGCGAAUGAACUUCUCCAGCCGCGAGGGAGAGAAAUGAAGGGAAUUUCUGCAGCGGAAUGAAAGCUCUGCAGCUAGGUCCUCUCAUCUGCCAUUUGUCCUUUCAGACUGCAUUGUAAUACCCACGGGCCGGACAAGUCGGACGAGAGCGAGGACCAGCCUCCCGGCCGUAUCUUUCGGCCCGUGUUUACUUUCCAUAUUCCUUUUCUCCGCUCUCCUGCUUCUCGGCUGGCCCAGGGAUGACUUCCUCGCAGCAGCGGCUCCGGCGGAUGCCGUCGCUCCUGUGGACCGUCCUGCUGGUCAGCACUGCGGCCGCUUCUCAGAACCAAGAACGUCUAUGUGCAUUUAAAGAUCCGUAUCAACAAGACCUUGGCAUAGGUGAGAGUCGAAUCUCUCAUGAAAAUGGAACAAUAUUGUGUUCAAAAGGUAGCACUUGCUAUGGCCUUUGGGAGAAAUCAAAAGGGGAUAUAAAUCUCGUUAAACAAGGAUGUUGGUCUCACAUUGGAGAUCCCCAGGAAUGUCACUAUGAAGAAUGUGUAGUAACUACUACACCUCCCUCAAUUCAGAAUGGAACAUACCGUUUUUGCUGCUGUAGCACAGACUUGUGUAAUGUCAACUUUACUGAGAAUUUUCCACCUCCAGACACAACACCACUCAGUCCACCUCAUUCAUUUAACCGAGAUGAGACAAUAAUCAUUGCUUUGGCAUCAGUCUCUGUAUUAGCUGUUUUGAUAGUUGCCUUAUGCUUUGGAUACAGGAUGCUGACAGGAGACCGUAAACAAGGUCUUCACAGUAUGAACAUGAUGGAGGCAGCAGCAUCAGAACCCUCUCUUGACCUAGAUAAUCUGAAGCUGUUGGAGCUGAUUGGCCGGGGUCGAUAUGGAGCAGUAUAUAAAGGUUCCUUAGAUGAACGUCCAGUUGCUGUAAAAGUGUUUUCCUUUGCAAAUCGUCAGAAUUUUAUCAAUGAGAAGAAUAUUUACAGAGUGCCUUUGAUGGAACAUGACAACAUUGCUCGCUUUAUAGUUGGAGAUGAAAGAGUUACUGCGGAUGGACGCAUGGAAUAUUUGCUUGUGAUGGAGUAUUAUCCCAAUGGAUCUCUCUGCAAGUAUUUAAGUCUCCAUACAAGUGAUUGGGUCAGCUCUUGCCGUCUGGCUCAUUCUGUGACUAGAGGACUGGCUUAUCUUCAUACAGAAUUGCCACGAGGAGAUCAUUAUAAACCUGCAAUUUCCCAUCGAGAUUUAAACAGCAGAAAUGUCCUGGUGAAAAAUGAUGGAACCUGUGUUAUUAGUGACUUUGGAUUGUCCAUGAGGCUGACUGGAAAUAGACUGGUACGCCCAGGGGAAGAAGAUAAUGCAGCCAUAAGUGAGGUUGGCACAAUCAGAUAUAUGGCACCAGAAGUUCUAGAAGGAGCUGUGAACUUGAGGGAUUGUGAAUCAGCUUUGAAACAAGUAGACAUGUAUGCACUUGGACUCAUUUACUGGGAGAUAUUUAUGAGAUGUACAGACCUCUUCCCAGGUGAAUCUGUACCAGAAUACCAGAUGGCUUUUCAGACAGAAGUUGGAAACCAUCCCACUUUUGAAGAUAUGCAGGUUCUGGUGUCUAGGGAAAAACAGAGACCCAAAUUCCCAGAAGCUUGGAAAGAAAACAGCCUGGCAGUGAGGUCACUCAAGGAGACAAUCGAAGACUGUUGGGACCAGGAUGCAGAAGCUCGGCUUACUGCACAGUGCGCUGAGGAGAGGAUGGCGGAACUUAUGAUGAUAUGGGAAAGAAACAAAUCUGUGAGCCCAACAGUCAAUCCCAUGUCUACUGCUAUGCAGAAUGAACGCAACCUGUCACACAAUAGGCGUGUGCCAAAGAUUGGCCCUUAUCCUGAUUAUUCUUCUUCUUCAUACAUUGAAGACUCUAUCCAUCAUACUGACAGCAUUGUGAAGAAUAUUUCCUCUGAGCAUUCAAUGUCUAGCACACCUUUGACUAUAGGGGAAAAGAACCGAAAUUCAAUUAACUAUGAACGACAGCAAGCACAAGCUCGAAUCCCCAGCCCUGAAACAAGUGUCACCAGCCUGUCCACCAAUACAACAACCACAAACACCACUGGCCUCACUCCAAGCACUGGCAUGACCACUAUAUCUGAGAUGCCAUACUCAGAUGAAACAAAUCUGCAUGCCACAAAUGUUUCACAGCCAAUUGGGCCAACCCCUGUCUGCUUACAACUGACAGAAGAAGACUUGGAGACCAACAAGCUAGACCCAAAAGAAGUUGAUAAGAACCUCAAGGAAAGUUCUGAUGAGAAUCUCAUGGAACAUUCUCUUAAACAGUUCAGUGGACCAGACCCACUGAGCAGUACCAGUUCUAGCUUGCUUUACCCACUCAUAAAACUUGCAGUAGAAGUGACUGGACAGCAGGACUUCACACAAGCUGCAAAUGGCCAAGCAUGUUUAAUUCCUGAUGUCCCACCCACUCAGAUCUAUCCUCUUCCCAAGCAACAGAAUCUUCCUAAGAGACCUACUAGUUUGCCUUUAAACACCAAAAAUUCAACCAAGGAGCCCCGGCUGAAAUUUGGCAGCAAGCACAAAUCAAACUUGAAACAAGUAGAAACUGGAGUUGCCAAGAUGAAUACAAUCAAUGCUGCAGAACCUCACGUGGUGACAGUCACAAUGAAUGGUGUGGCAGGUAGAAACCACAGUGUUAACUCCCACGCUUCCACUACCCAGUAUGUUAAUGGAGCAGUACCAUCUGGCCAGACAACCAAUGCAGUGGCACAAAGGGGCCAAGAAAUGCUACAGAAUCAAUUCAUUGGUGAGGAUACCCGGCUGAAUAUUAAUUCCAGUCCUGAUGAGCAUGAACCUUUACUGAGACGAGAGCAACAGGCUGGCCAUGAUGAAGGUGUUCUGGAUCGUCUUGUGGACAGGAGGGAACGGCCACUGGAAGGUGGCCGAACUAAUUCCAAUAACAACAACAGUAAUCCAUGUUCAGAGCAAGAUGUUCUUAAACAGGGUGUUCCAAGCACAGAGGCAGAUCCUGGACCAUCAAAGCCCAGAAAAGCACAGAGGCCUAAUUCUCUGGAUCUUUCAGCCACAAAUGUCCUUGAUGGCAGCGGUUUGCAGUUAGGUGAAUCAACACAAGAUGGCAAAUCAGGAUCUGGUGAAAAGAUCAAGAAACGUGUGAAAACCCCCUAUUCUCUUAAACGGUGGCGCCCAUCCACCUGGGUCAUCUCCACUGAACCUCUGGACUGUGAGGUCAACAACAAUGGCAGUGACAGGGCAGUUCAUUCCAAAUCCAGCACCGCAGUUUACCUUGCAGAAGGAGGCACUGCCACUACUAUGGUGUCUAAAGAUAUAGGAAUGAACUGUCUGUGAAAUAUUUUCAAGCCUAUGGAGUGAAAUUAUUUUUUGCAUCAUUUAAACUUGCAGAAGACAUUAAAAAAAAAAACUGCUUUAUCUUUCUGUCAGUAUCCCCUUCCACCCCUGCAACAGGACUUGCUUUAAAUAGAUUUCAGCUAUGCAGAAAAAUUUAGCUUAUGCUUCCAUAUUUUUUAAUUUUGUUUUUUUUUAAGUUUUGCACUUUUGUUUAGUCUCAUUAAAGUAAUAUUUGUUUGUUAUGACCACAGAAUUAUAUGUGUGUGUAUCAAAAGUGGUCUCAAAAUAUUUUUUUAAGAAAAAAAGCAAAAACAAUGUAUUGCUGAUAAUCAGUUUGGACCAGUUUCUAAAGGUCAUUAAAACAGAAGCAAAUUAAGACAGGUUUGACUGCAGUGGUGUCUGGUAUCCAUGUUUUAUUUCUGGGCACAAGCUAGUGUAUAUGUUGAACUGUUCUGAACAUAUUAUCUGUUGGACAUUCUUUUCUCUUGUGUUUCGUUUGAACGUGCAAUAGUCUAUAGUCCACAAAUAAGCUUUCUUAUAAGCUCUCUUCCUAACAGAGCACGCAUUCUUCCAUGAGUACAUUUUUCUGCCCCAUCCCCCAUACUUUUGGCAGGUCAGUUCUAUGACAGUGAAUUUUGCACAAGAGAAAGCAGCUACCUGAUUUCUUGCUUUCUCUCUCCUAAUGGAGAAUGCAGAAACAUUGUCUCAAAGGGCUCUAGAGGAGGAACUACCAAAACCUAAUUUGAAAUGCCAUUUCUUUUAACCUUCCAAGUCCUAAACGUUUCUUUCCAGGCAUUUUAACAAACAUAUUUGGUUCUGGUUUUUGGAAGUUCAUAAGAGAGCAUAGAACAAAGUAGAUGAAAUCAAAUAUUAGCCUUUUUUCAUUUUAUUUUAUUUUUAUAUGUAUGUCCAUGUUCCAUAUUCAUUUAUUUAAGAAGCACAUUUUUAUCAGAAAACUUAUAGAGCUAUACUUAUAUGGAAUUUUUAAGUAGGUAGAUGGUUAAGACUACAUAUUGUUAUAACCUUCAUUCUCUGAAUAGGCCUUCUUUGACUCAAAUAAAAUUACAUUUCCCAUUUAAAAUAACUUCAAAAAAUAAUUUGUAGUUUUGAACUGGUAGUAUCUUUUUAUUUCCUUCCCAAGCAAAGCCUGGUGACUUUAUCUAAAAACAAGUCCCCUUCCCAUGACCUAAAACACUGUGUGGAAAAAUCAUUCAUCUGGCAUGCCACAACCCUAUGGACGGAAGGAUUGCUGCCAAACCUAUCACUGUUGAGCAGACUGAGGCUUACCUCUCUUUUUUCAUAACUGUUUCUUCUUUUGGUCAGUUUUUCAUAAGAUUUUUGAUAUGUGAGAAGCAUUUAUUAUUUACAUUAUAAUAGAAUAUACCUUUUAGUGAUAACAUGUUAUGUAUUCUUCAAAUCAUAUUGUCUUUAAAAGCUUCCUUUGCUUCUUUCAUUACUGGUAACUAUCUCUAAACAACACCUCAACAUGUUUUUUUAAUAAAGCACUUUAUGUCAAAUAAGGGACUUUUUUGUAUAAGCACAAAUUAUUUUCUAUCAAUUUGCAAACAGUGAUGAUCUCACUUAAUUUUUCCAAAUUCUCUAGAUAGACGUUGUUUAAUUAAGUUCAAAGAUUUCUCUGGGAGAUUAAAAAAAAAAACUAAGAGGAAAACACAAAUCCCCAUAUUCUUGCUUUUAGGUUUUUAGCUCCUGAACAAUAUUUUCUCACUCAUAUUCUUUGAUCUUUAUCAUUUAACUAAAGACAACCUAAAUUUAAAUUUCCCAAUUUUCUUCCAAAAUAUUUAUGACAUUAUAUAAGCCUUUUUUUUUGCCAUCUGCUAUGAUCCUAUGAGUUAGAUGCUACAUCACUUAACAUUUAUUCUAAUGGAUGGCUGAACACAGUUUUGAAUUUUUAGAAUUAAGAUUAUUUUUCUAGUGCCCACGACUUCCACCUUGUAUGUUUUAUUGGCCCUUCUAUUGAUUCAGAUCCUUAAUAUAUGCCAGUCUUCUGGCAUAAUUAGUUAUUCUUCUAUCUAUGAAACAAAUUAUAUCUUUCCCACCAAAUUUUCUCUUAGUUCUCUUGCCUUUAAAUGUCUUUUACUGCAUUUCAGAAUAUUAUUUUCAAACAUUUAUAAGAUAUCUGUGAGUCAAAAUAAAUUAUAUUCCUUCUCUAAUUGAGAGCAUUGAGCAUGAAUGACCAUUUGAGGUCUAACUGAUCUUUUCCUAACAGAAUAAGAGUGGUCUUACACUCUACUUUGUGUUUAGGCUAGUUGGUUGUAAUUUUCUAGCAUGUUUUUAUGUUUAAUAAAACAAUACUUUCAAAAUUAAUAUACCAAAUUAAAAGAAUCCUUAUAAGUUUCCCAUUUCACGCAAGCAUGUUUAAAACAAAUAGUUUUCUUUCCCUAGUUUUUUUAGUCAACUCUGGAAAAAAUAGAAGUAGAAAGUGUAGACCAUUUUAAUAAAUAUUAAAUUGCACAUCAGACUGAUUCAGAAUCUGUAGUCUGCAAGCAAAAUUACUUAAAAUACUUGAUAACUGUAUUCAUUUAAUAAAGUUUCUUGAAGCUAAUAUUUAACUUAUCACAAAAUUUUGCAUGUAAAAAGCAUUUGGGUCCUUUUGAAUAAACUAUUGAAUGAAAUAAUGAAAUAAAAUGUUUAAUAAAUAAAUAUUAAAAUUCAUUUUGCUAGUUUUACAACCUCAAAAGCAUCAUAAUUGGUAAUCAAAUUCUAAUAUUAAUCCCUUAGCUAUCCUACUUGUAUAUCAGAACUAAGUCAUUGAAAGAACUUGAUAUGAAUUGUGUUUAAACAAAAUAAUUUAAUCAUAAAUCCUAACAAUGUUACCCUUUUUUAAAUUCAUAAUUUGGGGGGAACAUUAUCAAUGUAUAUUAUGUGAAGGCACAGAAACUAAAUAAUGCUGACAAUUUAUAAUAUGCUGAAUGCUGGGGUAUAUAUACACAAUCUCUCUUAAUCUUCGUACCAACCAUUUGAGGAUUAUAGUUAAUAUUCCCACUUUACAGAUUGAGGAAACUGAAACUAAGAGAAGCUAAGUAAUUUGCGCAAGUUCCACAUCCUAGUAAUAGAGAAAGCUAGAUUUUAACCUUGGGUUUACUUCUUCAGAUCUCUUUCACCCACACUACACUGCCUACACACUGUAUGACAGGAUGUGUAAUAUACUGACAUUUUGUAAGAAAUUCAGUUAUUACACUCCAGCACAGUUGUGGCUUGUAAAUAAGCCAAACCAGAUACCUUAAAGACUUUAGAAGUUAGGCAAACAUACAGCCUAUGACAUGUCUGUCUAUGCUGACUAUUGCUUGAAGAAUAAUUACUACUUCAAGAUAAAGAUCAAUCCCACAUCUGCCAUCAUAAAUUUUAAAAUUAUUUCACUUUUCUCCAUUCCUAAUAUUCUUAGAUUGCAGAACUAAAUGUAAAGUAAAUUUUAAGAGAAAAGUGAAGAUGACUUUUGGGAACAAAGACUUUCUCCUAAAUUGAUUCCAUACUUGAUUUGGAGGAAUGAAUUUAACAUGGACUUUAAGUCUCAUAGCCCUUUGACUCCAUCUUGAAAAUUUCUGCUUGUAGUGAUAGAAAGAUUUAUUAAUCCAGAAAACUGAGGACGAUGUAGGAAGGAUACAAGGAUAAUAUGUUUCUUAUAAAGAAGUUUCAGUAGCUUCCUUACAUGUACACACUUACUCCAGAAAAUAUACAUUGUUUCUGAAUGUGAAAAUAACUAUACAAAGUUAAGAACACACAAGCAAGUAUUUGUUUCAGUGGGAAUUGUCACAACAUUUGACAAGUAUUUUUAUUUAAAAUAUUUUCAAGUUUGGUAUUUAAAACCAAAUGGAAUACCUCUAGACUGCAGUUAUUUACUGAACUCUAUCUACAUUCUCUCUAAAUCUCUCUUCAAAUUCAUUUGAAACAAAAAAUUUCAAUACAUUUUUUUGUUUCUUUAUGUUUAUGGAAACAAAUAUUUCAUUGGAGGUAGUUAGCUCCUAGAGUGUGAGACUGCAUUGUAUUUCUAUACAACCUUUUAUAAAUUUAUGUUGAAUUUACGACCAGUUCAUGCAGGUGAUUGCGUAGCUAUUCACAGAUUGCUUUAUCUAUUACUUUAUCUUCCAGGUUAACUUACUAGAAUCUGUACACACAUUCGUUGAUUAUCUAGACCUAUUGUUCCAGAAAUUGUGUAACACUCCCACAUACACCCCAGGAGGUUGUUUUUUUUUUUCAGACAGAUGUUUCUAAAUAUACCUUUUGUUCUCAGUUUGCUCUUCAGCAGAUAAAAUUGCAUUUUAAUUUGUAGAUUCUGAAUGAUACAAACUUUAGCCAAAACUACAUGAUCUACUCUUAAAUAUAUUCUUUGAUUUAGUAAAUCUGGCAAAUCACUGUUUGAGCUAGUUACACAGGUGUUAUUAUCAAAAGAAGGCUUUUCUAUAGCUUUUUAGAUUAAACUAACAUAGAAGAAAAGAGGAAAUCUAAGGGUGCUCUGGUGCACCUACUCAUUACUUUCCUUCAAUCACCUCUUUCUGACUUACUGUAUCUCUUGGUUAUCUGACUUGCAAUCUUCUGUAUCAUAAAAUUUUUCCUCAUGUCUGUUUUUUCCCUCCUGUUUAAUUUUAAAAACAUUUCUCUUCUCCAGCAGUACAAAAAAAGAGAGCGAGUUGGUCAUCUUCUCCAGUAUUGCUAUUCUUCAGUAUGCUUCAGGCUUCUCAACAUCUAAGUCAGCUCUUCAGACAAAAUUACUCUGGUUCCCAUAGCAUUUUCUUCUCAGCCCUAUUUUAAUAACUUUAUGCGUAAGAACCUAAAAUUAUAUUUUAUGUUCUAUUUAAAUUCAUUAUUCUAGUUAAGUAAUAGUUUAGUAGACUAAAGAAUUAGGAUGUUACCAUUUGACAAUGGGUCCAACCAUCAGAUUGUCAGAAAAUGAGUACUUAAAGUUUAUAUUAUCUAACAUUUUCUAUGAUGGAGUUUUACAAUUUUAUAUUCUCAUUAGUUACAACUAAAAAGCCAUGCAUACAUAAUUGUAUGUAAUUUUGCCAUUAAAAUUUUUAACCUAUAUUGCAGCAAGCUUAGCAUUGUGAUUGAGCCACAACAUUUUACAUAUUUCUCUGUAUCAAAUAUUAAACACAAAAUGCAAGAUUAACUUUCAAAAACAAACCUUACAACAAUUAGGUGUUAUCUAUGAACAUUUCUGCAGACCACUUUUGAAAUAAUUAUUUUGCAAUAUAGACUGGGCUAUACCAAUUUUCAUUUAAUAUUUAAGUGGCUGGCUAAAAUUUAGUGUGCAUAUAAAGCAAAAUUUAGGAUUUUAUCUGAUGGCUGAUACAUUUGAAAAUAAAUAAUUCAGAAGAGUUUAUGCUGUGCAUUAAAAGUAUGCCCCAAAUCUAUCAGAUCUUAAAAAUUUCAAUUCCAUUACUACUAUGAUGUUCAUAAUGUUACUAUUAGUUAUGGUGAUACUUAUUUUUAAACUUAAUUUGCAACCCAGAUUCUAACAUUUGGGUAAGAGAGAAGGAAUCUUUAGAUAUAAAUCACAUCACUAGGGUGUCUAGUUUAUGAUUGAAUUUUUAAGCAAAUUACUGGAUUUUAAACAACUUCUUAAAAAUAUUUCAAAAGGCACCAUAUAGAUUUGUUUUCAUUUUAUUUGUACUUUUAGAUUUCAGAAACAUCUUCAUGUUUUAGACUCACUCUGUAGACCUAACAUUACCUAAAAACUCAGGGCCCUUUUCAUCCCUUUGCACAUGAGAAAUUUUGGUAGCAAACAAGCAAUUAGUCCAGUUGAAUAUUUACACUGUUGCACACACAGUUCCUUUAAUGUUUCAUCUUCUGAUUUGACUUAAUUUUAAUAGACAUAACAUCAGAUUUCAUUGAUCAUGAAAACUUGCCUCGUUUUAUACUUACUGAAUAGAGGGAAAUGACUCAACUAAUUGGCUACAUGUUGCAGCAUAUUUAGGCUUUAGAGUGGAAACAUCAUCUUAAGACCAUUUGUCUUCUUUGGGUAAAUGGUUAUACAUGAUGGGACAAAUCAUUUUAUUUUGCUUUUUUAAUGGGAGAACUUAAUAAAGUAGUUCCUCAGAGAUAAAAUUUUCCUGAGGUAAUUUAAUAUUAUAAACUGUCCUCUAAACGUGAAUUCAUGAGUUUAUGGCUUUAGGAAUAGUUGGGAUGGUUUUACAAAGGUAACCUAUGGUAAGCUAUUUAUCACUUUGUCAGAUCCAAAUGUUCAAGCUCCAAACUAAUAUGCUGUGUACUUAAAAUCUUAGCAGUGAAGUUAUUUGUAACCAAUCUCUUGUCUCAGGCUCUCUGCCUUAUUACCAGUCCUCUUAUGUAUGAUAGGAAAACAUAUUUUUAGAGAAGCUUAAUAAUAAGAAAGCUAAAUUACUAAAAGAUGCAAUUCAAAGAUAGGUUCCAGUUAAUAUUGAAUUGCUUGGCUUCUGUGGCUUUUCUUUUUCUUGUCACAUUUAUUUAUUUAAAGUUUUUGUAUGCCUUGUUGUCAUGUUUCCAUGGAAAUUAUAUUGUGUAAGUGUUUGUAUAAGCUGGAAUCAUUCUUAAUUUUCUGUUGAUAAUUUUUCAAAUGAAGAUAAGUGGAUAAUUGUAAAGUACACUAACUCUUAGGGUGUUGUAGUAGCUGAAACAUGGAGAUGUGUAGCUGCCAUGCUUUUUCUGAAUGGACAGGAGAAACAUAAGCUACAGAGUAUUCAUUUCUGAGGAUGCUUUUCUGGAAUAAGAAAGGCUAAAAAUAUUGGCAAUUCCUCAGAACCCUCUUUCUUGUUAACGGGUAUCUUUUGUUGGUGUGUUUUGCUCUUACAUUACAGAUAGAAUAUCAUAUGAAUUUAUGAAAAAUUACUUUCAGUUAUUUUGCUUUUGUAAAAGCCGUCUGAGACCUUGCUAUGCUGUAUAAGUUGUGUUUGAUGGAUCAGUGUGAGUAUGAAAUAAAGCAAAUCACUUUUCUUUUGUAUUAUCUAUGGAUGCCACUAUGAAAGCUGACAUUAAGCCACUAAAGAGUUUUUUAUGAAUAAUUGUAAGUAAAUGCUUUGAUAUAUAUAAACCUAAAUAAAGAUUGUAUUGCUACAGAGACAUUGGAGAAGGAAAUUUUAAGACAGUUCUUUAGGUUUAAAAAAGGCUUGCUGUAAAAUGGUGCAUUAUUCCAUUUAUUAAAGACCAUAUUAAUGACAACAA